AUGUUGCAGCGUCGCUUGGAAAAUCAGAAACAGCGGAGAAUACGUCGCCAGCAGCUGGAGAGGAUCGGCAUCAGUCGAAAAGCGAACUAUUUGCCUGGUGUGUUAAUUGUGCUGUUGGUGUUGCUGCAGAGUUUCGAGCUGCACAUGUGUCGGCAAUUGAUGCGACGCAGCGGCAAUUCAUUGCUCAAGGAUACGAGCGAGAACAGCCAGAGGAUGGAGGAGUUAGCCAGGAGCGAAAAGCGUACCGUUGCAGAGACAAGCGUUGGCCAGCCGGAGGAGAUUUUUAGUGCGCCUAACGAUGCCGCUGACAUGAGCUAUGAUGAGUACCCGAUGGUUGUACCAAAACGAGCUGCUUUGUUGUUGGAUCGUCUAAUGGUUGCACUGCAUCAUGCGUUGGAGAACGAACGGGAAGGUCACCGCAUUGGAGACUUCUAUGCCAAUAAAAACAUGAUACAAUUAAAGCCAAUCGACUACAAGAAUGGAAUUGAGCAGCUGCAGCCCAACAGUUUUCAUAUGUAUAGCGAUGACGAUCCAGGCGCUGGAUUGUUGGAUUAUGAUUUUAAAGAUUUAAAUCAAAUAAAUCGCGCGACUGGCGAAACAUUAAUGGCAAAGAGCUUUCAGAGAAGAGCCGGCGGCGUUGGCACUACUGUGCUGGGUAACAUGGAGGCGGCAACUUCGACGCCCGGAUCAACGGCUGCAGCUGGAGCUGGUCCUGGUGGCAGGCGCGUCCAUCACGUUGUCAAUGGAGGUGGUCGCAUGUAUUGGCGCUGUUAUUUCAAUGCCGUCAGUUGUUUCUAAGUCAACACAAAACUAAAAACAAAGCCAACUAAAACAGAAGUAAAAGACAAUUUUCAAUAAUUUUUUUGGCUCCAGGUUCGGCUCCAGCUUUUGAUAAUCCGAAUAAUUAAAUAAAACACGAAAAUAGAAAAGCACUUUACGUUUCCUUGGCCUGCUAUGAAAGUUGUUCGUGUAAUUAACUGAAAUCAUCCGUAAACAUGAAUUGUAAACUGCAAACUGUAUUUGAAUUUUGUAAAUGUAUAGAUGUAUCUAAGUACGAAUAUCUCUUGCCAUUGACUUAUAAACUUGUAACACUUAUUCCUGUGUAUAUCGAUACAGCUGUGCUAGUUUGUGCACUGCCUAAUAAAUAAACUAGACAUCUA